AUGUCGGACCUCAGCGACCGGAUGCUGCAGCUAGACAUGGCUCUGACCCAGAACGGGACAGCAGCCACGCCCCAUCUCCGUCAAGCGCGGAUCAAACGCAAAAACAGCCCUACAGACAUCAGCCAUUUAGUCUUUGGUCCGCAACCUGGGAAGAAACAUCAAUUGUGGAUCACGGAUCGAAUCAUGGAACCUCAGACAAUCCCUCACUUCUUUGAAUUUCUCAUGAAUGGCGAAUUACCUGGCGAUCGGAAAACAUCUCGUCCUUUGCUUACGGUCGAAGAGGUCAAGAACUUGACUAGGCCAUCCUUGGAAUGGGCGCCUGCUCCACAUAAUCGACAAAUCAGAUCGACUGGGGAAUGGGUAGGGAUUCGAAUUGGCUCGUAUGAAGACAGUUCGAGACUCUGGCCAAUUGCAAAAGAACUUCACGCUAUUAAGUCGAGACUUUGGGAAGGGAUACCGCCGAUAUCUGAGAGGCGAUGGCAAGAGCUGGGGCUUGAUCAUCCGGACAGAUUCCCUGAAGCUUGUCGUUACUUCGUUGCAGUCAUUAACGUCUUUAUCUACCUGAACACCAAGCGCACCAAGGCAGCUCUGCGAAAGACUUAUAACCUAAUCUGGGAACAUCUAAGUGUGUUCGAGCAAGCCGUCAACGCAAAGAGGAAAGCCGAAGCAGAAGAUAGCGUUUAUCAACACGUAUCAGUCACUGGUCUCUGGUAUGAGUUCAUCAGAGCGCAGUACGACUCCAUCUGUGAGAAUACCCACCAUUGGAUCAUCGAGCACAUUGAUCGCAUACGAGAGUCAAUUGUUCAAGAACUCGCGCUACACCAGCCCGAUCAUCCGGAUCACUAUAGCGAUAAACAAUGGGAAUUGACCAACAAACUACACGACCUUGCCGAAAAUACCUCUCAGGCUGAUUACACCAUCAUGAUGCCUACGGAUGGGUACAAAGGCGACAGUCUUCCAGUCAAAGAGGACGAUUGCCUCACAGAAGCUCAUGGCGGUGGGUUUCGCACAGAAACGAUCACCUGGUCUGCGAAUCUGUCAUGGCGAGCGUCUGACUACACUAAACGUGUUAGAUAUCUUGACCGGAAGGAAAUGUACAGCCAUGUCCAGCAUGAGGACUUUAGAAUGCUUCGAAACUCCGUUGGUGUGACUGACCCAGCGUGUAUGGUCAUAUCGGCAAUUAGUCAGAUCGAUGCGCAAUCUAUGGCCAGGGAAGAACUACGAGGGCUCCCGAAUCAUCCAGACUUUGUGCCGUGGAUUGAGUAUGCGCGACGAAUGUUGAAUAAGCACUUGGGUUUUUUUGCGUAUAGACUUUGUCAUGAGUAUAGUCCCGAGAAGUGGGAUUUGUUCAAGGUCAAGUUCGAGGCUGAUAUUUCUGAUUGGGGACGAGGGACGGUGGGUAUCAAUGAUAUACGCAAGGCGUGCAAAAUUCAUUGGAUCGAUGGAAAAGAGAAGGAUAUUGCGUAUGACGAUAUUGAAGCUGCCAAGAAGCAUUUCGAAACCCUUUCAGAUCAGUUAGUACACGACCGAGUUUUCCUCGUCAUCGAUAAAGCAAUCAUGAAAUCAUAUCUCGAACCCGAGCCCGGAAAAGAGAAAUUCGUCCUCGCCGUGGACGCAAAGUACAAACCAACAAACGAAGAGAACGUCGAGUCACCAGGCUAUAAGGGAACUUUGCGCAUACUAGGCAGUCUUCUUUGGGAUGAGCUAGGCGCACUGUUGGUGAUGCAGAGCGCGUUUCUAGAGAAUCUCUGGCCGAUGGCGAUGCACGAUGCUGAGGGUAUUUACCGCGGCAUCAGGACUACAUCGGUGCUCAAGUUCUCAUCUUAUCAAGAUAAUCUGAACUGGAGGCUUGCGAGUGAGAUAGUUCCCAAGUUGGUUGCUUUCAGAAGGAGACUUGAGUUCAGAUCGAGGAGGUAG